UUUGGAGAAGGCGUUACUAGUAGCAACGUGACGUCAAACAGCCACGCGCAGCAAGCUCUGGGAAGGUGUUUCUCUAGUAGCUGCGUGUGACGUCAAACGGAGAGCAGCCACGCGCAGCAAACGCAGAUAAGAGAACGCACCCAACGUGUUGCCUUGGCUGCGCAACUAAGGUCUGUGAAUACAGGCUGGACUUCAGAAUGAAUCAGCUGUCGCUGUUGUGUCUUAAGAAGAGACAUGGCGGCCGUGGCAGUUCAGGUAGUGGAAAUAGAAUCACUCAAUGAACAGGCUGAACUUUCAAAAAUGUCACCAGAGGAGCAUUGGAAAAUGCAGCAUGAAAAGAUGCAUGUUAAACACCGUGGCCAUGAGGCCAUGCAUGCAGAGAUGGUACUCAUACUUAUAGCUACCCUGGUGAUUGCACAGAUCGUGUUGGUCCAGUGGAAACAGAGGCACUGCAGAUCCUAUAAUAUGGUGACCUUGGUGCAGAUGUGGGUCGUUCCUUUGUAUUUCACAGUAAAACUUUACUGGUGGCGUUUUCUCUCCACAUGGGGAAUGUUCUCUGUAAUAACCAGCUACAUCAUCUUCAGAGCUACCCGCAAACCCCUCUCAGGAAGGACGCCACGAAUGGUUUACAAAUGGUUCCUCCUCAUUUACAAACUCAGUUAUGCAGUUGGUAUCUUGGGGUAUCUGGCCAUAAUGUUCACCAUGUUUGGAUUUAAUUUAUUAUUCAGGAUAAAAACAGAAGAUUCAAUGGAUUUUGGUGUGGUAUUGCUGUUUUAUGGCUUGUACUAUGGAGUCAUGGGGAGAGACUUUGCUGAAAUAUGUUCUGAUUAUAUGGCCUCUACUAUAGGCUAUUAUACUGGGAGAGGGAUGCCUUCAAGGAACCUGUCUGAUGACAUCUGUGCUGUAUGUGGACAAAAGAUCUUUGUGGACUUGGAUGAAGAAGGAAUCAUUGAGAACACAUACCAGCUCUCAUGCAAUCACAUAUUUCAUGAAUUUUGUAUCCGAGGCUGGUGCAUCGUGGGCAAGAAGCAGACCUGUCCAUACUGCAAUGAAAAGGUGGACCUCAAGAGAAUGCUCAACAACCCCUGGGAGCGCACCCAUGUUUUAUAUGGCCAAUUGCUGGACUGGCUGAGAUACUUGGUUGCUUGGCAACCUAUCAUUAUUGGCUUUGUUCAGGGUAUUAAUUACACUUUUGGUCUUGAGUAAUGCUCUUAUUAUUAAUGGUGCUGGUAUUUCAAACAGUUAUACAAGUAUUUGCUGAUGUUGUACUUACCACUGCAAACACAAAAGUAGCUUUUUUUGUAUAAACUAAUUUAUUAACUGCAUAAUGUAUUACUGUAAAUGGGUAAAGCAGUGUCUUACAUAGCUGUGUACGGGCACAGCAUGUGGUAUUCUUGCAUCUAAUUAAGUAUUUUCUAACUUUUAAAUAAAGUAUCGUGUGGCUUUAAACACUGAAAGUGGGCAAUAACUUUUUACACCUUGUAGCUACUGUGUGAUCUUCUAACUUUCCGUCAUAUUUGAAAAAUGCAUAUUUUAAUUUUUUUAUUAUGCUUUUCCGUUCUAAAUGUUUACAUGCAAAAGGAUUAAAACUAUGGCAAAGUAAUUUAUUUAUUUAUUUAUUUAUUUAUUUUAAUGUGCGUACCUUAAAUCUUAAGCCACUUAAAAUUUUUUAAAAAAAUUGCUAUUCAACUAGUAUUAACAAAGCAUGUGGAAAUAUAUUUUCUAUUACCUGUACUGUACUUGGCAAAUUGCACCCUAUAGACAAAAAAUUAGGCUAGGGAACACUUUUGAAACUUCAAAAAGCAGUAUUUUACUCUAAGAUACUUUAGUGCAUUUAAUAUAGUAGUAGGCAGAAAAUGAAACAUGGUAGGGACAUUUUAAUUGCACUCCUAAGAUGAGUUGGACUGAAGGCAAAAUAUUACGCCAGGUACUGCAUUUUGGAAUGUUAGCAUUAAAUUGCAUGCCAAACUGAAAGAUACAGUGGGGUCUAUUCAAUUGAUCUAAAUGAUGAUGUUUAAAUCCUUGCAAGAAGGGAACUAUGAGAAAUCCCCAAAGUUUGUGUGUCUAUCUCUUAGGCACAUUUUUGUCUUUUUUAAAAGUAACAUUAUUAGAUGUGGUCCUAACUGGAUAAUUAAAUGGUGGUGGUAUGAAGAUUGUCCAUUUGAUCAGUCAAAUACGCUUUCUGUGUGAUGUUUAAGUAAGAAUCUUAUAAAAAAAAAUAAUAAUAAGGGUUAAAUAAAUACUUUUGAUCAAAAUUAAAUAAUGUAAUCAUUUGGAGAGACUAGUAUUUUAUUCAAGAAACAGUUCUCAAAAAGUUGCUUUUAUCACUGAAUACGCCACACUAUACAGUAAAUAAUGUAGGAAAGUGUAUACUACAGUAUGUAUAGCAGUUGUCUAAUGAUUGGAUAUACAAGUGAAAUUUGUUUCAAAUGCUGCAGGUACAGCUUUAUGUAAAUUCAUUUUGUGUCUUUUUAUUUGUUUCUUGUGCAAAAUUAUUGGUACUUUUAAUAGUGAAACAGGAGAAAAAAAUAAAAUAGUAUAUUUUUGUCUAGGUUCUUGCAUUUUCUGAAUUUACUGGAAAAGAACGAUUCAAAUUGUAUGUUCCAAUGGUAUUUUACAUCAUACUGUGUAAAAUAUUGUUAAAUAAAGCAGAAGAAUUAAAUGUG